CUCAAACUUUCUCCAAGACUACAAAGGUUCUUAUAGCUUUCGUUAGUGAUAUAGCUGCUAUGUGUAUCAUGCUCGCGUGAUCCUCCUGCAUCGAUAUCUGCCCAUUGUUAGCAUCAGAUUUAUAGCUGUUUCCCAUCGCGUACCUCGUUUCGUAGACCCUUCUUGUGCGUGCGUUCGUCCAUCAGGCUCCGCUACACAAAUGAGGAAAUUAUUUCGGGACGUAGUUCCUUUAAGGAACAAGUACAGGAAUAAGACCCGAGCAGAAGAUGGCGAAGCGACACCGCCAGUUCAAGGCGUAAGGGACAGCCAGAUCCAGGUCGGUGCGAACAUUGUCGAGUAUGCUGCCCAGCCUAACUCAGAAGAUGUGUUCCCUUCUCCUCGCGAAAGCCAGACUCUUCCCCUUCCUGAACAAGCCGAACGGAUCAGACCCGUGCGCAGGUACGACUCUGCGCCCGAACUGCCAGUCUACGAUUACGACAGGCUACCCGAGACCACGUCUCUGCGCGUGCUCGAGCUCUUGCCGGGACAUGGGGAAGAUCCGGUCGUGUGCAAACUGCAUGUGACAGAUUGGAACGAUCCCAUACCGUUCGAGGCCAUCUCGUACGCCUGGGGCGACCCAAGGAUACGGGCGUGGAUAGAAUGUGACGGGAAGAAGCUGGGAGUCACACCCAACCUGGUGGACUGUCUGCAUCAGCUUCGGAGGCGGAACGAGUCACGCUUCCUGUGGGCGGACGCCAUAUGCAUAAAUCAAGAGGACCUGGAAGAACGCGGGCAUCAAGUGGACAACAUGCGGCGCAUCUACGAGUGUGCGCAGAGGUUGCUGAUAUGGCUGGGCAGAGACGACGGUGGUUACGCUCGCAGAGUUGAAGCUGCGAUGCGCAAUCUGGCUCAGAGGUGCUGUGACGCAAAGCAAAUCUCCAUCGACGACUUGAAAGAUAUCGACAACCUGUGGGACACGGUCUCUUGUGCGCCGUAUCGUGUUGCUAUGCCGAUGGAGUCUUGGCAGGCUAUCGAAAGGCUGUUCCUCUGCAGUUGGUUCAGUCGGCUGUGGGUCUUUCAGGAGGUCGUUUCGUCGGCCAAAGCGGAUGUUCAUUGGGGUGAUGUGUUGAUCAGUUGGGACAUUGUUGGUCUGACGGCUACUUAUAUCCAGUCGUGGUCGCACGUUAUCGAGUACAAGUAUCUGCACUCCGGCGUGUACAACUGCUACAUCAUGCGAAACAGGAACAACCACAUCAAGUUCAGCGUGCCGUCGAUACUCGACUGGUCACGGACGUUUAGGUGUAGCGACCCGUUGGACAGAAUCUACGCUAUGCUGGGAUUUCCGUCCUUUCACAGAAACGGUUUCAGCAUUCAAGCCAACUACAAACGAACGCCAGAGCAGCUCUUCAUAGAGGUUGUCAAUCAAUGCAUCAAGGCUGACAAGAACCUCCAGGUCCUCUCAUACACAGAUCACACGCAGAAUUCGCAUCUUCGAAAGCCUUCCUGGGUACCGCAGUGGGAUCCUGGCUCGCCUGGCUGGACGAUUGGCUACAAGCGCACGACGUGGACGUGGUGUGCCACCAAGGGCAUGGAGAUGAAGGUCGACAUCAAUUUCGAAGCACAAGUACUCAGUGUCGCAGGUGUGUUGUUGGGUGUGGUCAAGGAACGCAGGCAGAUCAGCAAUGCCCGCUGGUUCCCUUACAAUCCGACCAGAGAGCAUCCCAUCACGCAGAUCUGGAAGGACAGUUUCCACAAUGAAUGGAAAUAUCCGUCCGGAGAGCGUGCGAUUGAUGUCCUCGGCGGCAUCUUCGUUGCCGGCAUCCCGUCCAAUGAAUGCAAUUGUUGCACCAGGCAAGAGAUUGUGCGUAGGGAUUUCGCGUCGUACGUUACGAGGUGUGCAGAGGAAGCCGGAGAGGAUACGAACGAAGAGGUGUGGAAGGAACUCUAUCAUAAAGGGGGCAGAGGCGAUUGGAAAGGCUACGAGCAGAAUGGGAUGAACUUCUGCUUUGGUCGAUCGUUCUUCACGAUGAAAGAAGGCUACAUGGGCCUGGGGCCUAACACUAUGGAAGCAGACGACGUUGUCGUGCUCCUGUAUGGAGGAGACGUGCCAUACAUCCUCCGGCCAAGAACAGAAGGUGGUCAUGUCCUGGUGGGAGAGGCGUACGUCCAUGGUGUCAUGCUUGGAGAACUGAUGCCCAAAGUCAGUACGGGGGAACACGAAGAGCAAAUUUGGGAACUACAUUGAGUAGUUCCCUCCUGCACAACGCCACCCAGACCAAAAAGAACAUAGGUUGGAUAUGCCCGCACCGUUCUGGCUUUUAUUUUAUUCUUCCAAAGAUUCUAUGACGGUGUCGCUCUGCACACGGCGACACAUGCAUGCCGGGCACGAAGUGACCAAAUCCUUUGUGAAGAUUGCGAGAUCCAAGCUUUCCUCCAAGAACGGUGGCCUAGAUAAAAGUGCUUGCAUUGUGCAGGGGCUGUGAACAUAUAUCAAGCAUCCAUUAUCGCACGAGGCUGAGGACGGAUCCGGGGCGUUACGGGAGCUGACUCGUGCAACCACAACGUUUGUCGCGAGGCCGACUGCCCGAUGAGGCAGGUCAGUCUAGAAAAUGACGCUCUCUCGCGCGUGAAGCUGUCCACAAGAUGAUCCACGUCGGUCGGCUAACGUCGCUUCUGGACAGUCUGCUGUGUGCCUUGACCAGCUUUGGAUGGUGAAAUGCGGACAAGCUGCCUGUGAAGAGCUGAUAGCUUCAGCAGGCGCAGCAGCCACGCUCCGGGCCAGAGUUCGCAUCUGAGGGCUGGGUCGAGCCAGUGAUAAGAGAGUUGCAAGCGACGAUGGACCAGCGCAGAAGUGAGAUGACACUGUUUUGUUUCGAAACGUUCGAAGUUGUUUUCCUUUUAUUUAUUUUCUGGGCUGUCAUGGAGGAAGGGCUGCUGCGCGCAGGAGCUGACGGACGCAGCGUCGGGCAGCGCUCAGCUCUGUGCACGACUGGGC